CAGCUCACCGCAGCGAUGCCGCCGGCAGCCGGGAUCCCGCCCCCUGCCCUGCGGCCGCCGGCGGGGGCGGGCGCGGCGGGGCCGGGGAGGAGGCGGCGCCUUAUAGCGGGGGCGCGGCGGGGAGCGCCAACAGAGCCGGGCCAGCGAUACCCUGGACAGCGCCUCGCCGCCAUGGAGCACCUGAAAGCUUUUGAUCAGGAAGUUAAUGCAUUUGUGGACUAUAUGUUUGGUCCUCGAGACACCAGGGUUAGAGGAUGGUUUCUUUUGGACUCUUACCUUCCCACAUUUUUCCUUACUGGAGCGUACCUACUCUGCAUAUGGCUGGGCAACAAGUUCAUGAAGGACAGACCUCCUUUCUCUCUCAGGGUUCACCUUAUUGUUUAUAACCUUGGGAUCACACUGCUCUCCCUGUACAUGCUCAUAGAGCUCAUCCUUGCCACAUGGGAAGGAGGAUACAACCUGCAGUGCCAGAACCUGCACAGCGCAGGGGAUGCUGACAUCCGGGUAGCCAAGGUGCUGUGGUGGUAUUAUUUUUCCAAAGUAAUUGAAUUCAUGGACACUAUCUUCUUUGUACUGAGAAAGAAAACCAGCCAGAUCACCUUCCUUCAUGUGUAUCACCAUGCCACUAUGUUUAACAUUUGGUGGUGUGUUCUGAACUGGAUACCUUGUGGGCAAAGUUUCUUUGGGCCCACUUUGAAUAGCUUUAUCCACGUACUCAUGUAUUCUUAUUACGGACUGUCAGUCAUCCCUUCUAUGCGCAAGUAUCUGUGGUGGAAGAAAUACCUCACUCAGGCACAACUGAUCCAGUUUCUGCUCACUAUUGUGCACACUCUCAGUGCAGCUGUGAAGCCAUGUGGAUUCCCAUUUGGCUGCCUCAUGUUCCAGUCUUCCUAUAUGGCCACACUAGUCAUUCUCUUCAUAAACUUCUAUGUUAAGACAUACCGGAAAACACCUUCAAGAACGGCUGUAAAUGAAACCCCUGUCACAACAGAAAUCAAGAACGGUUUCCAUAAGGACUACUUUGCUGCUGCCAAUGGAUCCCUGCACAAUAAGAAAGCACAAUAAGUAUAGCAUUUCUUAUGUGUUUGGGGCUUUUUUCUAAAAAAAAAAAAGAGAAGAAGAAAAAAAAAAAGACUGAAUUAUAAGCUUUAGCUUAAAGCCUAUUUGAUUACAUUUAUCAAUUCUUUGUACCAGACACUUAUUAAUGUACUGCUAUUUAGAUUUUAACAAAAUGAGUAAAAUUAUUUGUCCUGUCAAAGAUCACCAUAGGAACAAGACGACCAAGAUGUUCUUCAUAUGAAAAACAAAGUCUUUUGGAUCUCUAACGCUGACACAAAAACGCCUUAUAAAAUAACUUGAUGGAUAAAUCCAUCAAUUACUUCAAAAUGUUAGGACUCUGUUCAGACUAACAAGCUGAGCACUUUUUGUGCAUGUGAGAGGUCUUGAAGCAAGGCUCUGCAGUGCACCCAACACAUUCAGCUAAACUGUGACCAAAGUCAGGAAAACAAAAGCAGAGAAACCUGCCUUUUCCAUCACCAUACCUCUUUUCUGUCUUCCUCUGAGUCGUUCCCCAAAGCAUGUUCCCUUCUGUGGACACCAGUGAGGUAUCACAGUAUCACAGAAUGUUAGGGAUUGGAAGGGACCUCAAAAGAUCAUCUAGUCCAAUCCCCCUGCUGGAGCAGGAACGGCUAAAUGAGGUUACACAGGAACAUGUCCAGGCGGGUUUUGAAUGUCUCCAGAGAAGGAGACUCCACAACCCCCCUGGGCAGCCUGUUCCAGUGUUCUGUCACCCUCACCUCAGCCAUCCCUUUGGUGCUGAGGGAACCCUGGGGAAGGACAUAGCAGAGAGCAGAGCCCAGAUGCACCAUCCCAGAACCUGCACACAGACAUGUGCCAUGCUCACUUGUUUGCCCGUGUGCAACCUGACUCAAACACCAGGAGCCUGCUGUUUCAGUGGCCUGGACUGGUAGCACCUGGGGUCACCCAGUAUGGUAUUUAGAAUACAUGAUGUUAGACAAUUAUGCUGGGUUUCAAACUCCAGCGAAAGCAAAGCAAGUCCGUUUGGAUGUGCUAAAUUAAUAGGAGUUCUGACUGAAUGGAUUUUGAAAGGAAUUGAGCUCAGCAAAUUAACAAAGAUAAAUCCUUUGAAAGUAAAUGCACACAAAGUCAACCCUAUACAAACACUGCUAAUUUGAGGCAAACUGACAUGCCAAAUGCUAAUAGACUGGAAGAUACAGAAAACCUUAAAAGCGAAUUCAGAAAUGAGCAAAGUACAUUAUAUUGGAACUUCUGUUAUAGGUGAGUCUUAUUCAGACUGGAGAAACAGAUGAGACUGAAGCACAAUCCUCUGCAGGGAAAGCGAACAGGUAUUUGCUGUCUGCAGCUCUAACAGUGUGUCUCUCACAGGAGCCAGUCACCAUCUUUGCUGCUGCUUCUAGCUGCACCUACUUCCCACUUAAAUGAUUAGAAGUGACUACCCAAAGUUAGCUUUAGGGAUCUGCUCCUCACUCUUGUCAUUUAGCCCCCUUCAAAGCCUCUACUAAAAGUGAAUACAGCCUUUUUCCUCUCCCUGUUCCUGGUUCUGGUGUCUUCCAAUCUGCUGUGUAUACAUUCUCUCAACAGAGAAUCAUAGAAUCAUUGGGUAGUUUGGGUUGGAAGGGACCUUCAAAGGUCAUCUAGUCCAACCCCCAUGCAAGGAGCAGGGACAUCUUCAACUAGAUCAGGUUGCUCAGAGCCCCGUCCAGCCUGGCCUGGAAUGUCUGCAGAGAUGGGGCAUCUACCACCUCUCUGGGCAACCUGGGCCAGUGUUUCACCACCCUCACAAUAAAACAAACAAACAAACUCACUCUUCCUUAUAUCUAGUCUAAAUCUCCCCUAUUUUACUUUAAAAGCAUUGGCUCUUGUCCUGUCACAACAGACCCACAAAAACACCUUUCAGAAUCAUCUCAGCUCAUCAAGCCCCCCAGACCAAGGCAGCUCUGUAGAGGGAUGAUGUCCUCUCUCUCCCGUCACCCUGUGAGGUCCCAGGGUGGGAAGGGGACAAACCAUAUGCCCAGCCAGCACCAAGCAGCUGCAGAGGGACCACAGGGAGAGGAUGUUGUCCCAAAUCCUGCUCCUCCAAUUCUUCUUCUCCAUCACCUCACAGCUCAGUUAACCUCUCUAGAUGAUCUGUCAUUGGGGGGUCUUGGAGACUGCAGGUGCCAAGGCAGGAAGGUUUAUCCCAGGGAGUGGUAGGGCUGCAGGGCAGCCUGCCUUGCUGGGAGCAGCCUGAGAGACUGCUGGCACAAGGGCUGGUGCAUAGAAAGCGGCUGAGGAAGCGGGACAGGACGGGGGAAGAACAGACUGGUUUGUCCAGCAUAAGCAAGAGGAGAAAGAGGUACAGAGAAGGGUUCAGUUUGAAUUUGUGCUUGAAAGUCCCACUGGAUCCCCUCUGUCUCCAGUCAGUUCCAUUUCCUGCUUCGUUACAAUGUAGACAAAACCCUUCUGCUCUGGCAGAAAACUGAAAAUCCCACAGUUCUGCAGCACAGGCAGGGCAAUUGAGCAGCCUGGCUGCUAAACUGCAUCAUUGUGAACCGGGAAAUCAAAAUAACUGCAAUAUUCACACACUUUAACACCAUGUCAGACCUGGUGCAUAUUUGCAUUUACUCUCUCUUCAUGAAGCCAGUCACAAAAAGAGUCAAUAUUUGUUUUAUUUAACAUUUGAUAAGGAGAGAAGGCAACAACCAAAAAAACCCAACAAACCGACCAAAACAAACCCACAGCCACAAAGCCCGGACUCUGUGCAUUUACUAGUUCUCACUGACCCUUCCAUAAAGUUUGCUUUGCAGACCUCUCUGGUUGAUACUGUAAAACUCACAUGUUGUAAGAAAUCAGCAGGUAGGACUAAAUGUAUUGUACACGGCCCCAUGUAAAGGGAGAUCUUCAGAGCCCUGCACCUGUCAGUUUGGUGCUGGAAACCAGAGUAAAGGCAGAAGAAAUCAGAAGAGCCUACAAGGCAGCACGCAAGGCAAAUGUCUGAACCAUUCAUCUAAGGCAGGCAAUAAAGUGGUUGUGUGUCCCAGUGUGGGUUUCUGGCUGAGCAGAGUCCAUAACCUUUUGCUGGCAAAAUAUGCAUUUGACUACCAAGGUGGACAAUGUUGGCGUGCUAAGUGUUGAAGUUUACUAUGGCAACCAAACCCACAGAUACUGUCUCUCUUGCUUUGUUGAAACCUCAUUAAAAAAAAGAAAUAUAUAUAUAUAUAUAUA